UUGAUGCUGAAAGAGAAGUCCAUUUUCCCGGUAACCAACCAGAGACCCGAAAGGGUCCUCACUUUUCUAAUCACAAGUAUAGAGGGAAUUUGCCUUCUAGCCAGAUAUCAACCGACUAUCGCACUUGAAGCUUGCAAAAACACUCCUCGCAUUUCGAUCAUAAACAAACAGUGUUUGGGGGGAAAACUUAAAACAAUGGAAAUGGACAUCGACGGCGCCUCUAAACCCAAAGACGAAAAAGCAUGCGAACAAGAGAAGGAAAAGGGGAAACAAAUCGUGGCCCUUUUAGUAGGCGCACCAGCAAGCGGCAAGUCCACUUUUUGCGAGAACGUCAUGAGGGCCUCUUCACGUCCCUGGGUUCGAAUAUGCCAGGAUACUAUUAACAAUGGUAAAGCUGGGAGUAAGCCUCUGUGCUUAAAAAGUGCAGCUGCUUCAUUGAAGGAGGGAAAGAGUGUGUUUAUUGAUAGAUGUAACUUAGGUAAAGAUCAACGGGUGGAUUUUGUGAAGCUUGGUGGUUCAGAAGUGGAGGUGCAUGCUGUGGUGCUUGAUCUUCCUGCCAAGCUUUGUAUAUCUCGUAUAGCCAAACGCACUGGGCAUGAGGGUAAUCUGCAAGGUGGAAAAGCAGCGGCAGUUGUGAAUAGAAUGCUGCAAAACAAAGAAUUGCCUAAGUUGAGUGAAGGGUUCUCUCGUAUCACUUUUUGCCGGAAUGAGACUGAUGUUGAAACUGCUGUUAAUACCUACGCUGCAGUCGGUCCUUUGGACACUCUUUCGCACGGCUGUUUCGGCCAGAAAGAUCCCAGUGCCAAAACUCAACUUGGCAUACUGAAGUUCUUAAAGCGACCACAUGAAACUGAUACUCAAGAUUCUGUGCCUUCUCAACCUACUGAGGGAAACAGUCAGUGCGGAAAAACACAAGAAACUGUUUCAUCAUCGUCAGGCAUGGCUAAUCAGAAGAUAAAAGUCAGUGAAGAUCCAGUGCCAGGUUCUAUCAGCCAGGAUGAUUCUGAUGUUCCUACUCUGGCAUUUCCGUCUAUUUCUACAGCAGAUUUCCAAUUCAACCUUGAGAAGGCAUCUGAUAUUAUUGUUCAGAAAGUAGAGGAAUUCAUGGACAAGCUUGGAAAUGCCAAGCUUGUUUUAGUGGACUUGACUGAAAGAUCAAAGAUUUUGUCCUUGGUUAGGGCUAAAGCUGCUGAAAAGAACAUUGAUUCCAAAAGGUUCUUUACAUUUGUAGGAGAUAUAUGCCAACUGUAUACAAAAGGAGGUUUGCGGUGCAAUGUAAUAGCUAAUGCUGCCAACUGGCGUUUGAAGCCUGGGGGUGGUGGUGUAAAUGCUGCAAUUUUCAAUGCUGCUGGUGCUGCUCUAGAGGCUGCAACCAUGGACAGGGCUAAAUCUCUUCACCCUGGGAAUGCCCUUGUUGUUCCUCUCCCGUCGACUUCUCCUUUGUAUUAUAAGGAAGGGGUGACCCAUGUGAUACAUGUUCUUGGUCCAAAUAUGAACCCAAAUAGACCGAAUUGUCUUGAUAAUGACUAUAUUAAAGGCUGCAAAGUUCUUGAGGAUGCUUACUCAUCACUGUUCAAAGGGUUUCUAUCUGUAGCAAAUACCCAAGUUUCAUUUCCCAGUAGUGGAAGUAUUUCAUCAGGGCCUUCAAAACUGAAAGAGGAUACUAGUGGAACUAAGACGAAUUCCUGGGCCCCAUGCCUUCAGGCUCUAUAUAACAUAGCCAUGCAGCCUGAGAAGCAUAACAAGCAAGUGCUAGAGGCCUCGGAUGAUCUUGUUGUAAUAAAUGAUAUGUACCCAAAGGCAAAACGGCAUCUGUUGGUGUUGGCGAGAAUCAAAGGUCUUGAUUGCUUGGCAGAUGUACGCAAAGAGCACCUUCACUUGUUAAAAACAAUGCAUGAAGUGGGUUUGAGAUGGACUAAUAAGUUCUUAGGUGAAGAUGCAUCAUUGGUCAUCCGCCUAGGAUAUCACUCGAUCCCUUCGAUGCGCCAGCUGCACCUGCAUGUUAUUAGCCAAGAUUUUGAUUCCAAAUGUCUCAAGCAUAAGAAGCAUUGGAACUCUUUCACUACUGCUUUUUUCCGUGACUCUGUAGAUGUAAUUGAGGAAGUUAAUAACCAUGGAAAAGCUACAAUUCUAGAUGACAACAAACUAUUGUCAAUGGAGUUGCGUUGCCACAGGUGUAGAAGUGCACACCCUAACAUUCCCAGGCUAAAAUCACAUAUCAGCAACUGCCAAGAUCCUUUCCCUGCGGAAUUACAGAAAAAGGGUCGACUAGUGCCUGUGCAUACUAACUCCGACAUUGACCCCUAGGUAUUUUAACCAACAUGUUUCCCUGAACUUUUCUGUAUAUACAAUGAAAAACACCAGCUGUAGUACAACAUUUUGCUCAACUUGUAGUUCAGAACCACUCAAG